GGUUCGAGUGCAAGCGAGUUGUGAUAAGUUCGAGAGUGCGUCCGUCUCUGGUGGUGAAAGCCGCGGCAUGCAGCGUCGCGGCGCCGAGUUUGUUGCUUCCGUCGCUCUAUGGACGCUUUUUCUUCAGCACACGGAUGCCGAUUGGUGGCAGCUUGGCUUACCGAAUAUAAUGACCAAUUCUGUUGAAUUAACUCCGACUGAACACAAAGAAAAAUGCAUGAAGCUGGAUUUCUUUAUUGAACCGCAGAAAGAGAUUUGUUCAAAAUAUGACAAAAUAUUGCCGAUAUUGGGAAAAAGCGCACGUUUGACCAUAGAAGAAUGUCAAAGUAUAUUUUCAUACAGUCGAUGGAAUUGUACAACGUUCCUUGAUAAGAAUCAUACUUUUGGAAAUGUAGCAAAAAUCAGAAGUAGAGAAGCUGCUUACCUAUCAGCAAUAUCAGCGGCUAGCGUAGCCUACGCAGUAACCAGAGCCUGUUCGAAGGGCGAAUUGGCGGAAUAUUGUUCCUGUGAUAAUAGACUUAAAAAAAGAAAAACGCACCAAUUCAAAUGGGGCGGUUGUUCAGACGACAUUCGAUAUGGUGAAAACUUCAGUAAGCACUUUUUAGAUAUACGGGAAGAUCCCAACACCGCAUUGGGUCUCAUGAAUCUCCACAAUAAUGAAGCAGGUAGACGUAGUGUCCGAUCGAGAAUGCAGCGCACUUGCAAAUGUCACGGAGUUUCAGGAUCCUGCAGCAUGCAGAUAUGUUGGAAGCGUUUGCCUCCGUUCAAAAAAGUCGCCGAAGGGCUAUUUCAGCGUUACGAAGGUGCAUCGCACGUAAAGUUCGUCGAAAGGCGUAGAAAGAAAUUAAAGGCCGUCAGCCCAGACUUGAAGAAACCCAUCAGAACUGAUUUAGUUUAUUUGGAUGAUUCGCCGGAUUACUGUGAGCGGAAUGAUUCAUUGAACAUCCUGGGAACACACGGAAGGAUCUGCAACAGGACCAGCCAUGGCAUGGAUGGCUGUCGACUCCUUUGCUGCGGCAGGGGGUACCAAACGAGAGUGAGAGAAGUUGAAGAGAAAUGCAACUGCAGAUUCGUCUGGUGUUGCAACGUAGUAUGUGAUAUAUGUAGAUCGAGAAGGGAAGAGCAUGUAUGCAAUUAAAAAUGUACAAAGAAGGAUUUUUGACACGAGAGUAUUAAUAUGGAGUCGAUGCUGAGAUAGAUCAACCAACGGGAGUGGCAGAAGAAGGAACCACUUAAACAUUUCGAUAUUAAUGCAGAGUUAUGAGUUACAAUGUUAUACUGAUAAUAAUGUUUGUUAUAUAACCGAAUAAAUACGGCAAAUUAUGUAGGUACUUGAAAAAUAUACAUUUUAAAGGUGUUGGGGGAUGAACCAAAGUGGUAUUUUUUAAAGAGCGGGUUCUUUACAAUAAUACUAUAAUUAUUAUAAGUUUUACGAUACAAAAAGACAAGAAAAUGAUUUUACUACAGACACAAAUUAUGUUUUUAUACUGCUCCUCAUUUUUUCACCGGAUAUAUGGUUUUGUUCAAUCUGCAUCAUCAGAAAUAUUCGUCUAUACUCCAUAUAAGCGUGAAGUAAUAAUGCUUUCACUGACAGUUAAUUCUAACCAAACUUUUAACAAUAAUUGACAUAUACGUUUUUACUGUUUUUGUUUUUUUUAUUAAAUAUCGUUAGCAGAUUAUAAAAAGUAG